UGUAUGUUGUCUUCGUUCUCUCAUUGCAUUGUUGACCAACUGUUACUGAAGGCAUACUUCAAUGUAAAUAGCAAAUCCAUGCCUGUCUCUCACACAGGACUGUCAUGAUUGCCAAUUCUGAUGAGAUAGUCCUACGCCAGCCUCCAGUUGCUUCAAAGAUGACAAUUCUUCCAUCUCAAAUACUUCCAGAUCCAGAUCUUCAGGUUUCACCAUUCAAGAAAGGAAUUUUGCGUAAGGAAGCAAACCGUCCAAAAUCACAUUCCAAUGUACGAUUUAAUUUGAAAAGUCAUCCCCUUGCAGACCUCAGUAGUAGUAGCAGCAGCAGCACUGGUACUCCUGCUGAGUUCAGUAGUAGUAGUGGUGGCUCUGGUACUCCUGCUGAGCUCUGUAGGAAUGAUAGUGAGGUGGCUGCAACUUCUGAGUCUUCUCUUACAUCUCAGGAACAAAGUUUUAACACAAACAUACCACAUCCUGCUGACAGUUGUCCUGUAACUGAUGUUCCCCUUAUUGCACUCAACAGUUCCCAGCACAUUUUACAUAAAAUUCAUGUUUUGGCACGGAAUGAUGAAGCCCAUGUCAUUAAAGAACUCCAGCGCCAGUUAAAUAUUGAUAAAAAGAAAGAAAUAAACGAAAAAGCAGCUUCUAAAGUGGACUACAAACCUGAUAGUGUUUUAUACCAAAACCUCAUCAGUUUAGACGUUCCUAUUGUGUGUGUGAAGAAAAAAAAGAAACCAGUUGUUAAAAAGAAGACACAAGAAGCUGUUCCACCAAUGUUUUAUGAUAGUGCCAAAGAAAACACUCAUGAAGAAAAGGGAAACUUCACACUUCAGGGAAUUCCACUGCCACGAGUGAAGCUGCUAAAAUCUCCACCUCUCUCCGCCUUUACUUUAUAUCAACACAACAGAGCCUGGGAAGGACUUCUUAUUCACAAUCACAGUUGAUAUAUGAGAAGUUUGCAAUAUUUGAUACAGAAAAAGAUGGCAAGCUGACAGAAUUGUUACUGUGCAGGACAAAAUGCUUAGUGGCAUUUUGUCCAUCUUUAUGUUCUGAGUUCAAAUCCUGCCAAGGUCAACUUUGCCUUUCUUCCUUUUGAGGUCAAUAAAAAUAAAUACCAGUUGAGCACUGGGGUUGAUUUAAUCGACUUACUCCCUCCCCCAAAAUUGUUGACCAUGAGUCAAAAUUUGAAACUAAUAUUUAUACAGAAUAAAAUUUAUUUUCUUCAUUUUCUUACUCGACCCAUAACUCAAUAUAUUUUAUAAUCAAAGUUUUCAUAUUUAAUUUAUCUUUGUAUAGAAUCUUGUUUUGUUUUGUUUAAUAAAAAUUGUUUUAAUAUAUAAA